UUAAACAGCACGGAGGCAAUGUAAACCAUGGAGUAUCGCGGAUUUAUGCCAUGAUUCGAGGCGUACAGAGGCUUUGCCAAGCUGUGGUUUAUUCUGCGAGGGGUUAAUGUGUCCACAAAGGUAAACAUGUGAGAGACUAAAGGGGUCGAAAUAACUCGAAUUGGGAAAGGUUUGAUAGAGCAGCAGGAGGAGGGGGGAUUGGACGAGAAGGGUUUGUUGUGGUUUUUUCAGCAGCACUCGAGAAACGAGCGCAGCCGCAACACGGUGGAUCUAUCACCAUAGUGUGACGAAACAAAGAGGUCCACAAUGACAGAACAGAAGGAAAAAUGGUCCUGUGACUACUGCACCUAUGAAAACUGGCCAUCUGCAGUCAAGUGCACUAUGUGCCGUGCACAGAGGUCGAGGGGUCCCAUCAUCACAGAGGAACCUUAUAAAAUAGGCACUGAUCUGGAUGCCAGUCUGGAGUGGGACCCUCCAAGAACUGAGAGUGGCAGCAGCCUCCUCAUCUGCCCUGACUCCAGUGCCAGGCCCAGGGUCAGGUCAGCCUGCAUGUCAGAGAUUGCUAAUAAGUGGUCCUGCCAGAUGUGCACCUACCUGAACUGGCCCCGGGCCAUCCGGUGCACACAGUGUCUGUGUCAGCGCCAGAGGACCUGCAGCCCCACUGAGUCCCCCCAGACUUCAGGCUCCAAUGCAGGAUGCCGUCCUGCACCCCACUCCCCGGUGGACACCUGUGAGGAGUACAAUGAUAGAAACAGACUCAACACCCACCAGCAGCACUGGACAUGCACAGCUUGCACUUACCAGAACUGGCCCAAAACUACAAAGUGUGUCGUGUGUGACCACCCCAAACCCAAUAGCCAGGAAGCCAUAGAGCUGGGUGAGCCUGCGGAGCCCUCACUUCUGAUAAAUGAGCAGGACAGGGCGAGGUGGAGGAGCGGUUGCAGUGGAAGCCAGGGCCAGAGGAGGUCCCCUCCUCUGCCCAAGAGAGAAGACAAUGUCAAAAUGGACUUCCAGAGGAUAGAGCUUGCAGCUGGAGCCAUGAGCAGCAAAGAGGAGCAAGAGAUCGACUUCAAGAAGUUAAAGCAGAUAAGAAACAGAAUGAGGAAAACAGACUGGCUGUUUCUCAAUGCAUGUGCUGGUGUGGUUGAGGGAGACCUGGCGGCGAUAGAAGCCUACAAGUCGUCCGGUGGUGACAUCGCCAGGCAGCUCACUGCAGACGAGGUGCAGCUUCUCAGUCGGUCUUCAGCUUUUGAUGUAGGCUUUACGCUAGUUCAUCUGGCCAUCCGCUUCCAGAGGCAGGACAUGCUAGCCAUCCUGCUCACAGAGGUGAACCAUCAGGCAGCUAAGUGCAUCCCCUCUAUGGUAUGUCCCGAACUGACGGAGCAGAUCCGCCGGGAGAUUGCCGCCUCACUACAUCAACGCAAGGGAGACUUCGCCUGUUACUUCCUCACUGACCUGGUCACCUUCACCCUUCCUGCAGAUAUAGAAGACCUACCGCCUGCGGUCCAGGAGAAGCUGUUUGAUGAGGUUUUGGAUCGAGAUGUGCAGAAAGAGUUGGAAGAGGAAUCUCCUGUCAUCAACUGGUCUCUGGAGCUGGGCACACGCCUAGACAGUCGUCUGUACGCCUUGUGGAACCGUACCGCUGGAGACUGUCUGCUGGACUCUGUGCUGCAGGCCACAUGGGGAAUCUACGACAAGGACUCUGUCCUCCGCAAGACCCUUCAUGACAGCCUGCAUGACUGCUCUCAUUGGUUUUACACACGCUGGAAGGAGUGGGAGUCUUGGUACUCGCAGAGCUUCGGUUUGCAUUUCUCCCUGAGAGAGGAGCAGUGGCAGGAGGACUGGGCGUUCAUUUUGUCUUUGGCCAGCCAGCCCGGGGCCAGCCUAGAGCAGACACACAUUUUUGUUCUCGCACACAUUCUUCGCAGGCCGAUCAUAGUCUACGGAGUGAAAUACUACAAAAGUUUCCGUGGGGAAACGUUAGGCUACACUCGUUUUCAAGGUGUGUACCUGCCUCUAUUAUGGGAGCAGAGUUUCUGCUGGAAGAGUCCCAUCGCCCUGGGCUACACACGGGGCCACUUCUCAGCCCUGGUGGCCAUGGAGAAUGACGGCUAUGACAAUCGUGGUGCGGGUGCCAACCUCAACACUGACGAUGAUGUCACUGUCACCUUCUUACCACUGGUGGACAGUGAGAGGAAGCUGCUGCACAUUCACUUCCUGUCUGCACAAGAGAUGGGCAACGAGGAGCAGCAGGAGAAGCUACUGAGGGAAUGGCUGGACUGCUGCGUGACAGAAGGUGGCAUGCUGGCAGCCAUGCAGAAGAGCUCUCGCCGCCGUAACCACCCCCUGGUCACCCAGAUGGUGGAGAAGUGGUUAGACAGAUACCGCCAGAUCCGCCCAUGUGCCUCUCUGUCUGACGGCGAGGAAGAGGAAGAUGAAGACGAAUGAGUGAGUGAGUGAAUGAGUGAGUGAGAGGGGAAAUGGGGGAGAAAGAAAGAACUGGACACUGGCUACAUCCUUCAGGCUCUGGGAGAGUACAUUACUAUCUACAUUUCUUCUUUUUUUUUUUUUUUCUUUCUCCAAAAUGUAAAUCUUUAACUUGUAAUAAUGCAUGUGUUCUGUGAGCUCUGUGAUAGAAAAGAUACCAGCACCAACAAACAGAAUCCUGAUUACUGCUCCUAUGAAAGCACAUCAAGUCCACUUAGUUCGCCUUCCUAUACUCCAAUUUCUCCGUAUUUGUUAUGAAAGUAAUUAUCUUGUAUUACUCCACCUGAGAGAAAUACUAGUACAUAUAGGAAAAUAUACUGUUCGUAUUUAAGGAAAUCCCGAAACUGCACUAGAUGAGAAAUUCUUUUUUUUUUUUUUUUUUUUUAAAUGCCUUACAGAAAUUUUGCUUAAAAACUGAGAGGAAGCUAAUCCUCGUUUGUUUGUCAAGAUUUAAAGAGCACCUGUUUUCCUGAUUGCUGAUCCCUUUUGCGAGCCUUCUGCGACCCCCCCUCCUUCUGAUGUUGGAUUGUAUUUAUUUGUUAAGGAGAGUUUAGGGUGCUGAGGCGACACCUUUUUUCGUUUUUUGCCCCGUUUUAUCUGUGUUUCCGUUUGAUCCAUUCAGUCUUGAAGUAUUUUAUUUUGCACAGAUAAUACCUACAUUCUGUGAGGGGAGGGGGAAGAAAAAAAAAAAAGACCUACAAGUUUACUGACAUUUUUACGUGUGAUUUAGUAGCUCUU